AUGGUUUCAUUCAAUGAAGUACAAUCAUUUAAUGUCCUUCUUGUUCAUCUUUAUUUCUUGGUGUUUCUAUUUAUGGGCAUUACUCAAGUCCGAGUAACCGCUCAUGGGUGCCAUGUAGAGGAAAGAAGGGCUCUCCUUAAUAUCAAGUGCUCCUUGUAUGACCCUUCGAAUCGCUUGAUAUCUUGGGGAGAAGGCAGACAAAAUGAAAACUGUUGUAAUUGGCAUGGAAUCAGAUGUUCCAAUGACACUUUUCAUGUAAUCUCUAUGGACCUUCGAAACAGGGAACUUGAAAGUUACCAAAUUGAAAAGGAAGAAACGUUCAAAAUUGAACGGGAAUUGUCCUUUACACUCAGGCCACCAAAUACUAUGCUGCAAGGUAAAAUCUCUCCUUCCCUUUUCAACAUUACACAUCUUGAGUAUCUUGAUCUUGCGUACAAUGAUUUUCAGGAAUCUGUUAUCCCGCUUCCAUUUUCCAUUCUACCAAAACUCGUUCACCUUGAUCUCUCUUUCUCCAACUUUUCAGCAUCAUCUCCGGCAAAAUUCGCCAACCUUUCAUCUUUACAGUACCUCGAUUUGUCUUGCCAAGGAUACUUGUAUUAUAGGACCUCCUGUUUACAAACAUCAUCUACAAAAUGGGUGAGAGGGUUACUGAAUCUCCAAGUACUAAGGCUGAGUGGUAUUUCUCUAAAUGAGGCCACAUCCGGACUAGAAAAUGUUGGUGCACAUAUAUUGUAUCUUUCUAAUCUUCGAGAUCUUGAUCUCUCAUAUUGCGAUAUUUAUAGCCCAAUUGUCCUCCUAAAUCAGUUUCACAACCUUUCCCGUCUAUCCUCCCUCAAAAUGAAUCACAACUAUAUGGUGAAUAGCACCCUUUUUAAUACAGGUGUGAUUUCUCCAUUCCCGGCACAACUCUCUAAUUUAACUUCACUCUCUAUUCUUGAGUUAGUUAAUGGUCAACUAGGUGGUUCACUUCCUUAUCUUCCUCAACUCAUUGAGCUUGAUGUUAGUCGAAACUUUGAUCUCCAUCUUGAUCUGACUAAGAUGUUUAAACAUCGAUGGCCUAAACUAAAAAAACUUUGGAUAGAGAACACUAAAGUUACCGGGUCAAUUGAGCACUUAGUUUCAAACGCGCCAGUAUUGGUUAGUUUUGAUGCCUCGCACUGUUCAAUUCAAGGAGCUCUACCUUCUUCAUUAUCCAAUCUUUCUCAACUGAAGUAUCUUGAUCUCGGCCACAAUUCCAUAGCAGAUUAUAUUCCUUCUUCGAUCUCCAAUCUAAAACACCUCUACCAUCUUAAUUUGGAUAAUAAUAAUAUCCAAGGUCCAAUACCAAAUUCAAUGUGCGAGAUGACUGCCCUUCGAGUCCUUCAUUUAGGUUAUAAUAAUCUAACAGGAAACAUACCUAGUUGCUUAAAAAAUCUCCAUAACCUUAGUAAAUUUAGGAUUAUAAACAGCUCCAUUGAAGGCAGCGUUUCUUUUAUAUCUUUAGUUAACGAAUUAAACUUAGCUGCCUUAGAUCUGAGUUCAAACAUGAAGCUAACUGUAGUUACAGAUGAGCACUUAAAUGUGUAUCCUAAUCAUAAACUAAAGAUGUUAAGGAUGACCUCAACCAAUCUCAAAGGAUCUCUUAAUUUCAUUUGUAACUUGACGGGUAUUGUAGAAUUGGAAUUGUCUCGUGCCAAUCUAACAGGCACGAUCCCUUCUUGUCUCUUCAAACUCAAAUAUCUCAAUGAGUUACAUUUGGCAAACAACAUGCUUUCUGGUUUUCUACCUCUUCCACCUCGGAAUCUUUCAACUUUUGAUAUAUCAAAUAACAAAUUAAGCGGUGAAAUCUCAAUAGAAACCGGAAAAAGACUAUCAAAUGCCAAAAUCAUCCUUCUAUAUGGCAAUGAACUUUCAGGAUCGAUCCCAUUUUCUAUAUAUCCUACACAAUCUGAUGGUGGCAUUCUUGAUCUGUCUGACAACAAGCUAACCGGGAGUAUACGCACUAAUAUAGGGCGUGGGAGUACUCUUGCUUCUCUAAACCUUGGCAACAACAAUCUCACUGGAAUAAUUCCGAAAGAGCUGGAAUUUGCAAAACACCUGCAGAUUCUCUUACUGAAUGACAACCAUCUGGAGGGUACUAUCAACUUCAUCAGCGGGCUUCGCAGAUUAGAAUAUCUCAACUUAGCUAAUAACAAAUUUGAAGGUAGGAUACCAGCUACUUUGGGUUCACUCCAAGACCUUAAUAUCCUUUCUUUAAGGGCAAACAAGCUAUAUGGGCCAAUCCCUGAGGAGAUUCUUCAUUUGCAGGAACUUUGUGUAUUAGAUUUAUCCUUGAACAAUCUCUCAGGUCAUAUCCCUACAAAGUUAGGUAACUGGAGUGGAUUAACAAUAAGCAAUUCUUGUUUUUCGUUCUUCGAUGUCGGAAAUAAUCAAUUGUCAUUGCUUGUCAAAGGGAACUUGGUACAGCUUAAGAGGUUCUACGACUAUAGCUCUGUGGUCGAUCUAUCAUGCAACGCUCUUGAUGGAAACAUUCCAAAUGAGAUUGUUUUGAUAAAAGCAUUGUCUUCACUUAACUUGUCCCAUAAUCAUUUUUCAGAUGAUAUCCCAGAAAACAUUGGAGACUUGUCUGCUCUAGAGUCUUUGGAUUUAAGUUCUAAUAGAUUGUCCGGAAAUAUUCCACAAUCUCUGACAACAAUUGAUUCUCUUGGAGUUUUGAACUUUUCUUAUAAUAAUUUGAGUGGGAGGAUUCCAAGAGGAACUCAUUUUGAUACACUGGGUUUGGAUGGUUGGGCUUUCAUAGGGAACGACUUAUUGUGUGGUUUUCCUACGGAAAAAAUUUGUAAGGGUGAUCAUCAUAAUAUGGAUACAACUACUGCUAACCCUUCAAAAAAUGUUGAUGAAGAUGAUCAAGGUGAGUUUGAAGAUAAAUUGUUGUUGUAUGCUAUUAUUGCAGUGGGAUUUGUUGUUGGAUUUUGGGGUCUGUUUCUUGUUUUACUCCUGAAGAAAGACAAUUGGUGGUUUCCGUAUUGGAGGAUUGUUAAUCAUACUGCUGUUACGAUAACAAAUUAUAUUCAAAAUCACUGA